GUGAGGCCGUAAUUUACACUGAGUGCCGCAGAACACAAGAAGGAACGAACACACACAGAUGCACACACACACACAGACGAUCACGCACUCUUUCCAAACAAGCAAACAAACAAGAAGCUCAGGAACAAUAUAAACAAGCAAGUGUAGGGAGAAUCAGCAGGAAGGACAGAGGCAGAAAACUGUGAUAGAAACAGCAGCUGAACAAAGUCAUCAUGGAGAAGAGAUUCAUUUAGAAGGCAGAAAAAUCAGAAGCUGGACAUCAUGCUGCUGCUGGAUGAGUCAGACUCUGUAACAGAUCAGGAUAGAAGUGUGGGUUACAGCUCUGAAAAUGAAUCUCAGGGCAGUGACUGUUUGCAAUGGCACUGUGGCCCACCCUCUUCUUCUCUUUUGAGUGAAAAUCAAGCACAAAUGUCAUCAUGCCCUCUGUCUCAUCUGGAGGGUCACGGUCAGAAUCUUGGCCUGAACAGCAACAAGAAGAGAAUCUCAAAACCUGCACACAUGCGGCGGAACAUCAGGAAGGUCCCAUUAAGAUUAACAGAAAUCUCUUCUUCCAGGGAGUCCUGUCCAAGGAAGUUGUUGAAAGAGCACCACUUAGAUGCUAUAACUAAAGUGGCCCGACUUGAAGAGACAGAGAGACUUAAGCACCUGAAUCAACAGAGGACCAACUUAACUGUAGCUUCUGAGCUUGUGUGCACACAUAUGCUAGGAGAUCUGUGUGAAUGUGUAAGUUAUGGCUCCAAAGGAAGUGCAGCAUUUGUGCAAACAAGCAACAGCAGUAAGGCACACAGCAUCGAAGUGUCAGUACUCCAAACAACUCCCUCUACAAGAGACCAAAGUUCAUUUGAGAACACCACCUCAUGCUUUAUCAGCAAAUCGGACAGUAAGGAUGGUACGCGCAGUGUUGUGCAACUUAGUUCUACUGUCAACCAACCAGAUGCUCAGGGACGAGUCCUCAUCAACAUCAAUCACCCAGAGGAUGAAAGUGACAUCUACCUCUCUCCUCAAAUUGCCCGUAUUAUCAAACCUCAUCAGAUUGAUGGAAUCCGGUUUCUGUACAGUAACCUGGUUGAGUCACAGAAGCGUUUUAAAAGCACCCCUGGUUUUGGCUGUAUCCUGGCUCACAGCAUGGGCCUGGGUAAAACUCUACAGGUCAUCUCUUUCAUCGACAUCCUGCUGCGCCACACUGGAGUUCACACCGUGCUCGCCAUCGUCCCUGUGAACACACUACAGAACUGGUUGGCAGAGUUUAAUCUAUGGGUCCCGUCUGCUGAAGCCCUGCCACCCCACAAUGAAACUGGCCACAUUGUGCCUCGUAGCUUUAAGGUGCACAUCCUUAAUGACGAGUACAAGACCACAAGCAGCCGUGCUAAAGUAGUGGAAGACUGGUACAGAAACGGUGGUGUGCUGCUAAUGGGCUAUGAGAUGUAUCGCCUUCUCUCACUCAAGAAAUGCUUUGUUACUGGACGAAAGAAGAAGAACACAAAGUCAAAUGAGCCAGUAAUUACUGAUAUAGAUAAAGAGGAGCACCAGCAGGAGCUAAUGAAAGGCAUUGAAAGGGCUCUUUCUCAGCCUGGUCCAGAUGUAGUGGUCUGUGAUGAGGGGCACCGCAUUAAGAACUGGCAUGCCAGCACCUCACGGGCUCUUAAGAGCAUCGGGACGAUGCGUCGUCUAUUACUGACUGGGUACCCGCUGCAAAACAACUUAAACGAGUACUGGUGCAUGGUGGACUUUGUGCGUCCUGGUUUCCUGGGCACACGGCCCGAAUUCAGCAACAUGUUUGUGCGCCCCAUCCUAAAUGGCCAGUGUGUAGACAGCACGCCUGAAGAUGUGCAGCUCAUGCGCUACCGAAGCCAUGUGCUACACAGUCUGCUUGAAGGCUUUGUGCAAAGACGUGGACAUGAUGUGCUGUUCUCCCAGCUGCCACAGAAGCAGGAGCAUGUGAUAUUGGUGCGUCUGACAGCAUUGCAGCGCACACUCUACACUGCAUUCAUGAAUCGCUUUAGAGAGGCUGGAAAUACUGGUUGGCUCAACCUUAACCCACUUAAAGCCUUUUGUGUCUGCUGCAAGAUCUGGAAUCAUCCUGACAUUCUGUUUGAGGCACUUCAAAAGGAGAAUAUGGCCAGUGAGCAGGAUCUGGACAUGGAUGACAUUACUGCUAGCAAUGCUUACUGCUCAGCCAGCAAGAGGGCAAAACCCAGUGAAUCAAGUAGCAGUCAAAGAGAUAUUACAUUACAUCAGCUGCAGGAAAAAAACAACCAGGCUAUUACAUAUGAAUGGGCAAAAGACAUCAUGGCAGGCUAUAAGAAAGGAAUUUUAGAAAAUUCAGCUAAGAUGGUGCUGUUUUUUCACAUUGUUGAGGAAAGCGUCAAGAGUGGAGAAAAGGUCUUGGUUUUCAGUCAGAGUUUAUCUACGCUUACGGUCAUUGAAGAAUUCUUGGGCAAAAGAACAAUGCCGGACUAUAGUGGAAAUGGUGUGAAGCAGACCUGGGUCCGCAAUGUCAACUACUAUAGGCUGGAUGGAAGCACCUCAGUUUCAGAGCGAGAAAGACUUAUCAAUCAGUUUAAUGACAUGACAAACAACUCUUCUUGGCUUUUUCUUCUGUCCACCAGGGCUGGAUGUCUUGGUGUAAACCUGAUUGGUGCCAGUCGUGUGGUGGUGUUCGAUGCCUCUUGGAAUCCAUGUCAUGAUGCUCAAGCUGUUUGUCGUGUCUAUCGCUAUGGGCAGCGCAAGCCAUGCCACAUCUACAGACUUGUGUCUGAUUUCACCUUGGAAAAGAAAAUCUAUGAUAGGCAGAUUUCCAAACAGGGAAUGUCUGAUCGUGUGAUAGAUGACUUGAAUCCUGUUCUGACAUUUACACACCGGGAGGUGGAGUCUCUGCUGCACUUUGCUGAAGACGAGACUAAUCCAUUAGACUCCACCCACCUACUCCAACCUCAGGAAGACAUGGAGACAGUCCUCAAGGAAGCCUGUAUGAGAUAUCCCCACCUUAUCACCAAGCAACCCUUUCACCAUGAGUCCUUAAUGAUGGACCGACAAGACCUCAAACUCACAGAAGAGGAGAAGCAAGAGGCUAAAAAGAGCUAUGAAAAUGAGAAGAGAGCAUCAGUGCCCUACACACGUCCAUCAUAUGCACACUAUUACCCAGCUAGUGCCCAAAGCCUUACCAACAUCCCAGCCUUCAGCCAGAGAAACUGGCGGCCUCCUUCACAAUUGAAGAAUAAGCCAGCAGCCAGUAUUCAACUGGCAGAGACAACCCGAACACCCAUAAUGCACCAGAAUGAAGGCCAAAAGGAAGACCCGAAGAAAAUCCAGGAUUCUGCCCCCCAAGAUUUAAGAUUAAGCUCCAAAUCUGAUCUCAACUUUCCAGUCACUUACCUGCAGAAAGCAGGAGUCUUUGUACAGAAGACUGUCACCACCACAGAUAUUGUCAUUCCUGGUACAAACGAUUUGUCAGACAGACCGACCAAGAUAAGUGCAGGUGAAAGCAUCCACAUCAUCAGAGGAACGAAAGGAACAUACAUUCGGACGUCAGAUGGACGAAUCUUUGCCAUCCGUGCUGUGAGAAAAUGCAAACAGUGUGAAGAGAAAGACUUAACAUCUGCACUGGAGAACUCCACCAGUAAGAGCAUCAGUGAUAGUGCGUCGCCUGAUGACACGCCAAAAAUCUUAACUCCCAAAACCAUGGCUCGCCCUCUAUUCUCAGAUACACCAGAAAUCCUAAGUGAGCUUCAGCAUUAUGCCAAAGUGCCACCUCUGCCUUUGUCAGGAGUGGCCAAUACAGAGACAAAAAAGGGAGUUAUGAUUCUGCCUCAAAACAACACUGCCACACCAGACAUAGAGAUGCCCUUGGACCUAAGAGGCACAAAGCGCAAAUCCACCUCACCUUCUACCAAUAAAUAUUGUUCCAAGCAGCAAACUCCAGAACCAAAAGGUUCUGUUCCACUAUCUGGACAGAAUUAUCCAUUCAAAGGCACUUACAGCAUUAAUUCCGCUAUCAGCCCAGGUGUAAACCAUGCCCUUCUGAACUCCGUCAGUUCCAUGUGGUCGCCCUACUUCCAACCUCAAGUUCCUACAGCUGAGCACCAACUCAUGUUCCCAAUAUCUCCUGAUAGCUACAGCGUUAGAGAAAGGGCGUUGCCCAGCUCCUCCCCAACAUCCUCCAGCAUCACCUCUAGUACGGCAGCAAGUUCCUCCUCCUCUAUUUCAGUUGGUUCAUCAUGCCUGAUGAGUCAUCAGGUACCUGGGAUGUUGCCACCAACAUAUCUUACACAAUUUAGGCAACCACUAAAUAUGUACUCAUCUACUCACAAGCAUCAAGGGAUUCCAGGGAAGGCAGCGUCUAGUUUCCUGCCUCAAUAUUUGUCCUCUAGCUCACAAGGUGGUGCUAAUAAGUCUUGUCUUGUUGGAGACAACGGAGCACCAAGAUCCGAGGACAGCAGUCAUAUUUGUGACAGUCAUGGUGAUGUAAUUGCAAUGAUGGACCAGUGAGAGAAGACCCAUGUUGCAGAAACCGGAAAAAUGUAAUUGAUUUUGAAAACCAAGAAUCUGAUUGGACAGGAUGGGCCAUCUGAAAAUGGUUUCAGUUUCAGAUUGUGGAUAGUGUUUGGGAUUCUGGCUGCAAAUCUGAACAAAGUGAAAACAAAUCCAUAUGCUGAAUAAUUUAUUUAUGGUGUUUUGUGGGGAAAUUGAAACUUUUUCAAUCUCACUGACUUUUUUCAAGCUACUAUACAUGUUGGGGUUAACCAAGACCUGCACUGUUUGGGAAUCUGAGAGGAUUCAUCUUAAGGAGUUUAGAUGUUACCUAUUAAGUGGUGGUACAGAUAGUAAGUAGUUCAGUAAGAAUUCUAUGUCAUUUAUUUGUGCUGUGAAAAUGGCUGUAAUUGUUAUGACCCAAAGACAGGCUAUGAAAUAUGACAAUUAAAUAGUCAGAGACAGAGCAGUAAGCAGGGGUGGAAAUACUUCUGUAAUUGUCAUUCCUUACUAUUUUAAGUAUUACAUUCCCAGGGCAAAAUGUAUCCAACAGUGUCUAACUUGAGGAUGAACAAUUUUCUACCUUUGUGAAAUGUUUCCGUAUGCUAGAUGGAAAAAAUACUCCACAGAAGGCAUGAACUCCAUAUCAUUUGAAAUAUCAAAUUAGCUAACACAAACUGGUUAUAUUUAUACGAGUUAUCAAGUUUUCUUUUGUAAUGUGAGACUAACAUUUAUUAUUUACUAAGCUAAUAUGCAAAAGUUUGCUAGGCAAGCAAGUUCAAUGUUUUUAAAAUAUUUACAGAAUAUUGUACUUGUGAAUAAUUAAUUAGCAAAACACACAGCAUUAGUCAUGCAUAUGACCAGCAACCUUAGAGAUUAAAUUAUGUUUUAGGUUAUUUUCACAUGAAAGUGAAAAGUAUAACUUGAUUUCAUCAGUUAAAUAAAAAAAAAAUGGAACUCCUUUAUUAUUCACUUGCGCACACUUUUGGCUGGAUGCUUAUUGAUUAAGCUUUUCACAGAUUAUUAAACAUUUGAACCAGGCCUAUAUGAUUGUUUUAAAUAUACAAUUUUUUGUUCUUUUUCCACCCUUGUCUGUGAGGAAUUGAAAGCGUGAUAAGGCAUGAGAUGUGUCUAUAGUCAUGACUAAACGGCCAUUACAAUUAAAAUGCAGUGCUCUUAAACAUACGCAUAAGAAUGUAUCCUUUCAUCUGCCUUUGUCGCAGUUUUGCACAGGCCUUAGAUGUGAAUGUAGUGGUGAGGGUGAAUGGUUCAGGAGCAUGUGUGCUCCAAAUUUCAGCCUGUAUUCUUGCUUAAGUUUGAACAUGCUAACGCUGAUUAGGUUAAUAAAGAAAUUUCAAAAAUAAAAAUAAAAAGUUUUGCAUUGCCUGUCUGCUCGAGCAUAAUUUAUUUUUUGGUAAAUGUCACAAAAAGCUAACAAAAUUGGGUUUUCUUUAAUAAAUUGAAAUUAUAUGAUUUCUUAUGUUUUUUUCUGAGAUUUUUGCUGUAGUUAAAUUUUAGUGGCCUAACUUUCACACCAAAUAAGAAUACUGCAAAUGUGGUAAAGUAUAAUGUGUUACACCAGCUUACCUCAUUUUUGUAAUUGUAUGUGAUUUUUCUUGAGUUAACAAUCUACAUCAUGCUUCUGCUUACCUGUUUCCAAUGCUCCUCCCUUUCACAUUCCUUUUGCAUUAACCUAAUUAGAAAACGGUUUAAGAAAUUGUAUCCUACUUUGUGACACGCGUUCUUUCAUUGUGUUUCUUUUGAUUAAGACAUUUGAUGUCAUUCUUUUUAUUUGUGUUAAUUUUUACAUUUACAUGUUACUACUUCAGAGAUUUAUAAAAGUAAUUUAUUAUAUUCAUACAAAUUUAUUCAUUAAUUCUUUUUUAUAUCAGCAGUUUCUCGCUACACACAAAUAAGUCUAGAGGUGAGUGUGUGUGUGUGUAAAAGUGUUUGUACUUGACUGAAGCAUGUGAAAUUUACUGCCUGUGAAUCCAAGGUUUGUUAUGAUUGGUGUAGCUUAAAUUAAUGCUAUCACUGUAAAACCUUUUUCGUAUGUCCCAGUGUUCCACGUCCUUUGCUUACUACUUUUGACUUAUGGUAAUUAUUGAAUGAGUUCCAUGUAGGGUUGAUGUUGUUUAUUAAGGAAAAAAACACUGGUUGUAUGUAUAGCUCAAUGAUCACACUCAAAUGAUAUCAAACUGAAACUGUUCAAUGUGUUCUGUGUAGUUUUUUAGGAUUGUAAAUAAAAAAAUUAUUAUGCUUUAA